AUGAUGACCGAGCUGAGCGAGACACCAGUUCUCUCGCAGCGGGCUGCCUAUGCAGAUAUGUUUGGCUUCAAGCAUACCUUAAAUGGCCAUGACUCCGACGAGAUCACCACGAGGAAGUCGCGCCUGUUUGGCCGCGUCCUGCAGGUGCGAGGGCCGGCCCAGUUCCAGGAGCUAUACCCUUUUCUUCAUCGUCACUUGAGGACCGCUCUGGAUGAGGAUCUUACGCUUGGGUGUCUUGCCUAUGUAUACGUGUCACUAAUGAGCCCGCUUUUGAGAAGACAUCACAUCCAUCCGGUUAUCUUCAUUCAGCGAAAAGAUCCUCUCCCGUCUGAUGGGCAUGUGGUUUUUCGGGGAAACGAUGGUCUCAUCCACGCAAUAAUCACCCGCCGCGGAGCAGCAAUGCACCUGAUCCAAAACACCCUAAUCGACGCAAUAACCGGUGGGAUGGAAAGGCUAGAUGAAAAGCCAGAGAUCACGAAGUUAACGCUCCUCCACCACCUCCUCGAUUCAACCGCGACAGACCGCACGUACUGGACCCCGGCGCGCCUCUCCCAAUCAAUUCUGGGCCUCUGGCUCGCAGCCUCACACCAGCCCUGGAUCAAUCUCCACGCGAUCCUGAUCGAGCUGUGCCUGCGUCCAGAGUGGCAGGAUGCGCUUCGAGACGAGGCCUUGGCGCACCAGGCCGGGGACCUCGCGAGCAAGAUCAACGCCCUCCCCCUCUUAGAUAGUUUCAUGCGCGAGACAGCGCGCGUGAAUUCGUUGGAUCGAGUCUCAAUCCGCCGCAAAGCCCUAACCGACUAUACAUUCUCGACACGGCUCCUCGUCCCCGCAGGCUCAACCCUAGCCGUAUCCUCGUACGCCGUCUCCCGCAACGCCACGGUCUACGCGGACCCCGAGGCCUUCGACGGGAGGCGCUUCGUCAACGGCUGCAACGGGGCGCAGUGCAAAGACCCCGCGUCCAGAUUCGCGGAUGUCUCGGAGAACCACUUGAUCUGGGGGUAUGGGUCGCUUGCCUGCCCCGGGAGACACCAUGCGAGUUUCAUCCUCAAGAUUGUUAUCGUGCAUAUUGUUACCAACUAUUCCUUGCAGUUGGUGGAUGCCGAGGGUCCGAGGUGGUGGGCUUGGGAGGACUUCCGGAUGCCGUGA